AUGGCCAGCAGAGUCUACCGGAGCAGGGCACUCGCCUCGGCUCUUCGGGCCACCAAGCCUUCGGCGCCCAGCACCACAUCCCCAUCUGUCGCCGUAGUCGCUGCGACCUCCUCCCGUUGUCUGUCGACCAGCAGCCGGAUGCACGGCUAUGCCGUGCAUGUGCCCAAGGAUGCGUCCAACAUGCGGCAGGCCCCGCGGCCGGCGGUUGGCACUCUCGAGGCACCGCUGACGAACCCGGCCGACAAGUACGAUGCGAUGGCCGACAACAUGCACAAGUACGGCGCGUGGCUGAUGAGCUCGCUGCCCAAGUACGUGCAGCAAUUCUCGGUGUGGAAGGACGAGCUCACCAUUUACGUGGCCCCGUCAGCCAUCGUCCCCGUGUUUUCGUUCUUGAAGUACCACACUGCUGCCGAGUUCACCCAGGUCAGCGACAUCACGGCCGUCGACUUCCCCACCCGCGACCAGCGCUUCGAGGUCGUCUACAACCUGCUGAGUGUGCGGCACAACUCGCGCAUCCGAGUCAAAACGUACGCCGACGAGGCCUCCCCGGUUCCCAGCAUCACCAGCUUGUUCGACGGCGCCAACUGGUUUGAGCGUGAGGUAUACGAUAUGUUCGGCGUGUUCUUUGUGGGCCACCCCGACUUGCGGCGCAUUCUGACGGACUACGGCUUCGAGGGCCACCCGCUGCGCAAGGACUUCCCGCUGACGGGCUACACGGAGAUCCGCUACGACGAGGAGAAGAAGCGCAUUGUGACGGAACCCCUGGAGCUGACGCAGGCCUUCCGCAACUUUGAGGGUGGUUCAAGCGCAUGGGAGCAGAUUGGCGCAGGUGUGGACAAGACGCCUGAGACGUUUAAGCUGCCAACACCGAAGCCAGAAGAGAAGAAAGAGGAGAAGAAGUAG